UUCUAAACAUUUAGAUGACAGUUAUACAGAAACAAAACCGCUGAAACCAAUAAUGAAAGUGUUUAUUUAUUGUUGAGUUGUGUUUUGGGCGUGAAAAAACAAGAUGGCUGCUGUGAAAGAGACGUUGAGGGGAUAAAUAGCUUGAAACUCCUCCACCACCGCCUACACGACCCUUCCACCCUCACACCAGAGCAGCCCAAGCAGGUUGACUUGUGGUGUUCGCAGCAGCCUUCCCACGGCCCACCGGCACCACCACCACCAGCCUGAUUCCCAUACACACCACACCAUUCCCUUGACCGUCUCUUUCAUGUCCCUCCAGCCACCACCAUGUCUAAAAAUGACAAGUCCAAGUCUCAGAGCUUUCUCAACAAAAUGGACAAGAUGCUCACAGGCACUUCCAAGAAGAAGGUGCCGAACAAAGAGCGGGUCAGCAACCUCCCAAGGCCAAACUCGGACCUGGAGCUGAAUGAAAUGGAGGAGGACCAGUACUACCUUGACAACCUGGCUGAUGAGGAGGUGCGGGAGAAGUUCCUCAACAUGAUCAAGGACAUGAACAUCGCCAACGAGUCUGUCAUGAUGAACACUCCCCUGGACAAGAUGCGUAUCAUGUUGGAGAACAACUAUAAGAUGGCCCAGACACAGCACAAACUGGACUCCCCAAAGGAAUAUAUUGAGUACCUGCGGCGUGAUGACCUGAGCCCCAAGGCGAUUGUCAAGACCCUGGAGACUCUGCAAGUGGCUCUCCGCAGCAACAAAAUCACAUGGUUGCAGGAGUUUGCUCACAGUGGCCUUCGUGUGUUGCUUUCCAUCCUCAAUGAGUGUUACCGAGGCGGUAACAACAACCGCCAGUGGGACAACAUCCAGUUUGAGGCCAUCAAAUGUUUGAAGGUGAUUUGUAACAAUAUUGCUGGUAUCAAGGAGUUCUUCAGGCAGUCUGAAGGUUUCACCCUCCUGGCCCAGAGUCUGAACCCCUCUAAGCCAAACAUCAUGCUGGAAGUGCUGCGCCUCAUGAGCAGCUUCUGCCUCCCUCUGUGGCAGCAGGACGGGCUGGACGGCCACAGGGAGGUGCUGGACGCCAUCACCAUUGUUGGGGAGCUGAAGAAACAGGAGCGCUUCACUCCGAUCAUCAUGGGCCUGGGGAUGCAGGACAAUGACCUCCUCCGCCUCAACUGUCUCUCCAUGGUCAACUCCAUCAUCAACUUUGUUCCCGAUGACAACCUGGACUUCCGGCUACACCUGCGCAAUGAGUUCAUGCGGACAGGACUGCACGACCUGCUGGAAAUCCUGGAGAGCAGUGAGCAUGUAGACAUGAGGAAGCAACUGGAGGUGUUCCACAAGUCUCGCCUGGAAGACUUCGAGGAUUGGCAGGAUCGCUUCAUGAUCCACGUGGAUGAGAUGGACGAUCUUGAACGCUGCUUUGAAGUGCUCAAGAACCAGGUGCAGGACUCUAAUUGUGAGACGCCAAUGUUGUCCAUCCUGCAGCACCUGGCCUUCAUCAGGGAUGAUGAGAACUCCCGCUCUGCCUACUAUAAGCUGAUUGAGGAGUGCAUAUCACAGAUAGUCCUGCACCGCAAUGGCUGUGACCCAGACUUCAGGGCCACCAAGCGGUUUGAGAUCAAGGUGGACCAGCUGCUGGACCAGUUCAAAGAGGAGACGCGCACCAAGAAUGAGAAGGUGACAUCGGAGUACCAGGCCCAGCUUGAGAACGCCCUCACUAAGAACCAGAAACUGGAGGCUGAGCUGGCCCUGGCCAAGUCCCAGCUGGAGGAGGCCAUGCGCACUGGUGGCGAGGUGGCCAAAAAGGGUGGCUUGCCUGUUGUUCCUGGCCUGGAGCAGAGGAUUGCUGGCCCACCACCACCACCACCACCACCCGGCGCUGGCGGACCACCACCACCACCACCACCUCCAGGCAUGGGAGGUCCUCCACCACCACCACCAAUGCCUGGCAUGGGAGGACCCCCACCUCCCCCCCCACUGCCUGGUAUGGGGGGACCUCCUCCCCCACCUCCACCCCCAGGCAUGGGUGGUCCUCCCCCUCCUCCACCACCCCCAGGUAUGGGUGGACCACCACCUCCUCCCCUGCCAGGCAUGGGAGGUCCCCCACCACCGCCAGGAAUGGGUCCACCAGGCUUCCCCCGCAUGCCCUGCGCCCCGGCACUGCCCUUCGGCAUGACCCUCAAGAGAACCAUGAAGCCGCCAGCACAAACCAAGCGGCUGCAGUGGAGCAAGCUGGUACCAACGCGCAUGAGCGAGAACAGCCUGUGGGUGCGGCUCAACAAGAAGGACUCGGCCAUCCGCCAGGAAGUGCUGAAGGACCUCAGUGAGCAGUUUGCAGUGAAGCAGGUGCGGCGGAAGGAUCCUGAGCAGACAGAGAAGCCGGCCAAACGGGACAAGGAGCUGAGGGUGCUGGACCAGAAAACCAACCAGAACCUGUCCAUUGCUCUCAGGGGACAGUUCAAGCACAUGAGUGUAGAUGAUGUCCGGCUGGCCAUCCUGCAGUGCGAUGAGUCCAUCCUGUGCACAGACUCAGAGGGCAAGCCUGAUGCGGCCACUCUGCAGACCCUGAUAGUAUCUCUGCCAGACCACGAUGUCAUCAACAAGGUGGUGGCACUGGAGGAACCCGGGGACGACCUGGCUGAGGGUGAGCUGUUCCUGCACCGCAUUGGCCGCAUCAAGAAGCUGGUGCCACUGCUCAGGAAUAUGGCCUUCAAGACAGAGUAUCCUGCACUGGUCAAGGAGACGCGCCUUGACAUUGUCAACACAAAGGCCGCCCUUGAUGAGCUGUCCAACUCCAAGAAGUUUGAACGUGUGCUGGCAUACAUCCUGGAGUUUGGUAAUGUGCUCAACUCAGGCUCCAAGAAUGCUGACACUGUGGGCUUUGAUAUCAGUUUCCUUCCCAAACUUUCUAAUACCAAAAAUGCUGAUGGACACACCUUGCUCCAUUACCUUGCUGACACACUCAUGAGGGAGGAGGCAGAGAGUUCAGACUUUGAGGACGGACUCCUCCACUUUGCUGAUGCAGAGAGAGUCAAUGUUGAUGUGGUGAAAGCAAACAUUGAUAAGAUGAAGAAGGAAAUUAAAAACAUUGGCAAUGACCUGCAGAGGCACACCAAGCAGGACCCAGAGGACAGGUUCAAGGAGAAGUUUGAGGAGUUCUACCAUGAUGCAGAGAAGGACAUAGCACUCUUGGAAACAGAGUUUGACAUGAUGCAGAAGAAGUAUGAGUAUGUGGCUGAACUGUUUACUUUUGAUGUCAACAAGUACUCACAGGAGGAGUUCUUCAGGGACAUCAACAGAUUCAUAGUUUCAUACAAGACUGCAAAGGAGCAAAUCAUCAAGGAGGAGGACAAGCGGCGCAGGGACCAGGAGGCACGGGAGAGAGCUGAGAGGGAGAAGGCAGAGAGGGCCGAGAGGGACACAAGACAGAGGGCGCUGCAUGAUGUGACCAAUGACCAGAGCAACACAGAGGUGAUGGAUCAGCUGGUGCAACUCAUCAACACAGGACAAGCAUUUGACGUAAUGGGGGCUGGGCGCAGGCGACGACCGGGCAAGACCACAGCCGAGAGAAGGGCCCAGAUGAAUCGCAGCCGUUCUCGCUCAGGGCUAAUCACGCAGUCUCCCACUAGCAAUAAGGAGAUCAAACUAAGUGAAGGAAUGGACAUUGACGUGGAGAACCAGCCUGCACGUCCCUCCCGUCCCCGCACGCGCCGCCCCGGCCUCCCCACUGGUCUGGAGUCACGGGACAGAAACUUUGGUCAGCAGAACGAGAAUGGCAACGACUCCUCAGAUGCCCUGCUGCAGCGGCUGAGGGAGUUGUAGGUGGUGCCAGGCUGCCACCAAGAACAAAAGGCUCAAUGGACCACCACCCUCUGUCUUGGAUGAGGCAUGGCACUCCAAUGCUGUCUUGGUGGCAAUGCGGCUAAACACUGUACAUAGAUAUACAUACAUGCACAGAUACACACACAAAAAUACGUACACAUAAACACCAAGUCAGUAAGGUAAGGCAAGUGUUCCUUCUUGUAUUUUCUCAGUCUAUGUGAAUCCGAGGAAAUAUUCUCCAUAAUGGAUCUGUGGAAUGAUCCGCCCAACUCCUGGUGACAAGUGGUGUAUCAGAUGCCCCGCUUGGUCCGCCAGCUGUGUGUGUCGCUCCUUUGUGUGGAGUGAUGCUGGUGGUGAUGCAAUCUGGCCAGCUGAAGGGAAGUCAUUCAUGUGACUUGACAAGAUUAAGUUGGCAGGUUGCAAGAUAUACUAUGCCCCUGACAUUUUAUAUGCAUUGUAUUGCAAUAUAUUUCUUGCAAUAUUCUUAAUCAUAUCAGAGUUGCAGUUUUACUUAAAGUCUGUAUGAUCAGUAUAUUUUUUGACUCUUUUUAUACGAAGUUUGCAAUUUCCAUUAUUAGUAUGAAGGUCAAGUAAGUAAGUCUGACCUCCAGAAUAGCAAACCACUACAUAAAUGUUCUGAGUAUUGAUAGUGUAUAACUUAUUCAUCUUAGAAAAUCUGGGCUCCAGAUACUACUGUGCAUUGAUUGCUACUCCACUUUUGCUUUUCUGUUUGUUAUAUUUAUUGUUGUGUCUGUACUAAUGUCCUGAUCAUGAUAGCUUUAAGCACACCAUCUCAGAUCAGCUCCUCAUCCUGCCUCAUGUUGUACUGCCAGUAUGUAGUGUUCAAGUGUUCCUCCCUGCCAAUAGCACUGCUCCUUAAUAACCCUGCUCACCAUUCCCUGGGAGACACAUUGCCUGGGGUGGUGGUGAAAGUGAACCAUUGGUGUCAUUGUGUGUAUACAAAGAGAGGAACCAUUGUGUGUUCUUAGUAAGACUUUCAAGGCUCGGUUCUACAGGGAUGGUUGGUGAUCAAAUUUGCUUGCAUUAAUGAAUUUGGUUUGUCACCUGUAGUAAUAUUAUUCCUGAAUGGAUGGACAUGUUGCUGUUUGAAGUAAAAGCUAUUUCUUGAUGUGUUUCAACUAUGUAUUUCACGUCAUCUCGGGAACCAGGUCACCCUGAGGCCCCAAGAGUGUUAGUGUUAGUUGCCAGACCCUCAGCAAGAUAGUGUAUUAUGUGUAUAUCCUUAAGUUGAGAGAUCAGUCACAGUGUGACAGUGUUAUUCUGUUGUUUAAUGCUGUGCUCGUCUGUUACUGCUUCAAUCUGAGGAUGUUUAACAUAACAUGUUUGAUAAAAGAUUUUCCAAAUUGGUUAUUUUAAGGAAAUUUAAAGUGUGCUCAAAAAGAAUGUUUGUAUAUAAAAAAUAAUGCAGUGCUUUUUUGGAAGUGGAGUGAUAUAUUUUGAGAAUUCCUAUUGAAAUGAUUAUUGCAAAGUUUUCUCUGCAAGCCAACAAGUCUUGCAUCAUGCCAAUACCCAAGUGUUUUUUGGGGAAGGGACAUGUUGUGGCCACAAUUUGCAGGAUGAAUGAGAGAAUUCAUGUGAGAGAAGGAAGUCAUGAGGGGACAAGUUGACCCUCUCCUUCAUACCAAUCAUUUGUGAUGCAUUGCCCGUGCCUUCCCAUUUCUCCGUCUCUCCUCGGUUGUAUCUCUCUGCCAAAAUAGGUCUUGGCUACAGCAUUCCCAAGCGUUAAGGCAGAUAUUUAUUUUUCUUCCAAGGGGAGGGAGGGAUUGUAGUAUAAGGUGUAUAAAGAUAGAAUAGUCCCCCUUGAGUAAGGUAGCCACAGGUGGAGGAAGCCUGCUCACACUUUUAAAUUUCUUUCUUCACAUUUUCUUGAGUUUCUUGAGUAGCAAUAUUAUCAUAGGUCUUUAUUGGUUGAAAAUGUGCUGUGAACUCCUGACAUGAAGCUAUGAAAAGGAAGUAUUAUAGUCAGAUUUUGUACAGAAGUUUUACUCUAUCCAUUCAUAUUGACAGAUCUCCUUGAUGGCAUGCAGAAAUCUUAAGAAAUGUCUGAAUGAUUGCAAAAUGUAUUCAGUUCAUAAUCAUUAAGGAAACAGAGAGUAGUAGCAAAGUACAUAAGGUUGAGAAAGAUUUGUAAUUCACCUCCUGAGCACAUUAUAUUUUAAUUUGCCUGUGAAAUUGGUGUGAUAGGAAUGGAAUUGGAGUGCAGUCAAUAUCCCACACAUUUCUAAGCCCCUGAGGUCUGUUCUAAGGAAUGGAUCAGAAAGAAGGCAAGAAUUUCUAGAGGAGCAAACAGUAUCCUUGAGUAUGAGGGAGUAUAUACCAAGCAGUAUAUUCCUUCAGUCCCUUGGGAGUUGUAGUGACCUGUGUGUGGGGAGUGUGUUGUAUUGCAUUGUUUAUCUUUAAGAAUGGUGCUUUUUUAUCCACACCCUUUGAUGCAACUUGGAUUCUGUUCCCUCCAUUACACUCCUCUACCUAUGCUGAUUGAGUGGGAGGAUAUGCAUACCUUCAGAACAUUCCUUUAUCUCUUCAGGAGUUCAAAGGAGUUCAGUGGGAAAGAUUUAAGGAAAUUGUGCUACCUUUUGUGAGGAUACAAUUAAAGGAGGGAAGGGAAUGAUGCACCAAAAAGUUAGCUGGAACAGUGUAUUACAUAUCUGUACCCUGUGUAAUGUUGUUGUGCAGGAAACAUGUAAGUGCAAGCAGGAGUGCACCAGUCUAUACAUGUUGAGAGAAGCUUUAGUAACAAGCUCCCAUGGCUUGUUCAUUAUUACCACAGUAAUCCCAUAAAGCCAAAUGCACAUGAGUGAUUACUGAUAUGAGUUGUCAGAGUAAUAAUAGUGUGCACCAUAUAAAGAUGGUAACCAGUAGCACAAAAGUGUAUAGGUCCUUGGGAAAAGCAUUUUGAAAUUCACCCAUAGUUUUUAUUUAUUUUAGUGUUCCCUCAUAAUGAACAAGAAUGCAUAUCCCUUGGUACAAUAUGGUACUAGUUUCCCUUAGAACAAUUUGAGCAACAUGGGAAACAUCACCCACAAGAUUUACACCAAGACAUUACAUCAGACUUGUGUUGCCUCAUGAUUCUUUGUAAGGCCACUUGCCAUCUAAGAAAACUUUAUUUUAUGUGUGAUACUGUGAAGUUGAUGUAUUUUUCAUUUUUAUAUGUAUUAUUUUUAUAGGGUUCAAAAUGUUAUUUUUAUUUUUGUUUUUUCACUUCCCCAAAAUUAUCUAUUUUUUACUUACCCCAAAAUUUGUUAUUUUUUAUCAUGCCGUCCAAUGGAUGUCUCCUUUCACAACUCCAGUUGUUUUCAUUUCAUUGUUUCACAAGUAACAUGAAACGUUUAUGUGUAUGUGUGUGUGUGUUAGAUUGAUGCUAAGUGUAGUGCCAAGGUUGAUGUGCUGAUCAUUCCACUUAUUGCUUAAUUUUCUAGUAGGUUUGAGUUUCAGUGUGCAGACCUGUGAUGUGACCUGACUAAAUUAACUCCUGUGCACACAUACCUGACUUCACACACUCAUCAUUGUGACAUGAUUAUAAGAUAUGCAUUUACCUUUGCAUCCACCAGGUGUAGAUUCCUCGUGCUUUGCUGCUGAUGACCACAGAAAAAAAAAUUGAGAAUAGGAGACUUGCACUUUUUAUUAUUAUUAUUAUUAUUAUUAUUAUUAUUAUUAUUAUUAUUAUUAUUAUUAUUAUUAUUAUUACUAUUAUCUUAAUUAUUUAUUUAUUUUUUUUCUAUUAAUUAAUUAAUUAAUUUAUUUAUUUUAUAUUUCUUAUUUAUUUAUUUCUUUUUAUUUAUUUGUUUUUUUUUUGGCCACUAGUUCAUCUUGCUAGCUGAUGAAGUAAUUAUUCUCUGAGUAAUUUAAAGAAAGGAACACUGCAUAUGUCAUCAAGGAAACAGGUUUUCAACAGAGUAAAGAGCAAGAAACAUCAUGCAUCUGUGUUGUCUCAGUGUGAAGUAAUUGUAUUUGUACUUGUUUGCCCUAAAUUCCAACAUUCCAAAUUUUGCUGGAUUCAAGUGGAUUCUAUUCUCUUAAUCACGAAUUAAGUUAUUUCACUCAUUUUUUAGUUAUCCUCAUUUUAGUCUUGCGGUGAUCUUUAAGGUGCUGCUGGUGCUGCCAGUGGUGGGAAAUGGGUGAAGCUGGUCUUCUCUUUCAUGGCUGUGUGUGUGUGUGUGUGUGUGUGUGUGUGUGUGUGUGUGUGUGUGUGUGUGUGUGUGUGUGUGUGUGUGUGUGUGUGAGUGAGUGAGUGAGUGAGUGAGUGAGUGAGUGAGUGAGUGAGUGAGUGAGAGUGUGUAUGUAUGGUAUUAGUGUUUUCCCUCAUGCAUGGAAAAGUUAGGAUGAUGGUACAGCAGCUUGUAUUCAAAAUACUUGUUGGGGCAAAUGUCUUAUUGUGAUGUAUUUCAAGGAUGUGGCUGUGUGCUUGGUGCCCUCAUAUAAAUGAACUUGGGGGAAUGGUGGAUGUGAUUAACUUUUAUUCUGAGGUAACUUUUAUUGUGGGGGUUUUGUGGUAUGUAUAAAGAGAGGUGUAUGCAGAUGUUUCUUUCUCUUAUUAUUUUUGGAAGAAUCAAGAAAGGUGACAGACAGUAGCUGACAUAACUUAGAUUUGAGUAAGUCUGAAUUUACAUUGACAGUCAUCCAUUUUUGUGAUCAUCUGUCAGGGUCAUUCUUUACAAAUGUAUUAGUAAGCCCCCUUUGUUGUUUACAGAAGAAUUAAGAAAAGAGUAGCAUCACAUAGAUUUGAGUGUAUAUCUUUUGUGACAAUUAUUGAUAUCAUUCUUAAUGGUUGUAUAGUAUUCCUCUUUCAUUAUUUAAGUGGGAAAUGAUAAAAAAUAACAAAGCAACUAAGGCAGUGUAUACAUUUAAAUAUACAAGUUGAGAUUUUUACAUUGUUAACCAUCUUUUUCAUUAUCUAUCCAUUGUCUUUACAACAACUUAAGUGUUAAAUUUUCCAUUUACAUUGUCAAAUUAUUUCCUCAGUGUCCAUCAUCACCUUUACAAUGUGUUAAUUUGAGUGUAUAAGUGAAUUUAUAUUGUCAGCUGUUUUCCACACCUUUCAUCAUUGUCUGCAACAUGAUGACAUCAGUAUAUGUCAGAAUUUACACCAUGAAUGUUUCCCUAAUGACUAUUAUUAUCUUUGCAACAAAGUAACUCCCAAAGUCAUCAAACAGCCACUUCCUCUAUUCAUGUCUCUACAUCUUGGGUUCACUAUCCUCAAACCUUUAUUCAGACUCAGCUGGCACUGUAGUGCUGCACUCACUUCUUGUAUGUUUAGCAUUUUCCUUCAAUCACGAGUCUUUUGAUGUGCUGUCAAGUCUUGGUUGGCAGGUUCUAUAAGGAGAUUCUCAGCAAAUCAGGAUACUUAAAAUUAUGUGGGGAAACUCAAAGCAAUGGGAAUCAGUGCAACAAAAAUUUCUGAUUGACAGUGCUGUUGAAUAGAACACCUUUACACCUUUAAGUUUUCUGCACCACCAGUUGCCCUCUCACUGUUCAUGAAUGUGUGUGUGUGUGUGUGUGUGGUUCUGCUGUGCUGUGUGUGUUGAGUCUCAUUUCUGGUGCCAUGAAGCUUGUCACGUACAUAGGUGCACUACAGAUGGUAAUAUAUUUUUCUGACAGUUGAUAAAUUUGCACCAUUAUAUUUAUUUUUGCAGCAAUACUUUCUUUUUAUUUGCAUUCAUCUCUUGUAAGCAAAAGAGAAAAUAACAUCUUGGAAUAGGGUUCUUUAUAUUUUUUAACUAAUUUAGUUGACUGAACCAAGCAAGACAGUUUUUUUUAAUACAUAAUGCAGUGUAUCACACUGUAUUACUUUAAACUACAAGACUUUUUUUUUCAUGCACAAAGCAAUAAAUCUUAGUUACUAUUGUUUAGAGCAUUCCUACAUUGGAUCUCAUACCUAGGGGUUAUCAUCACAUGUUAGAGUGCAAGAAGACACCCAUAGAAGUGUUCUUGUGUGUGGCUAAUUAAGGAAGGAAGAUGAGGAACAGAUAGGUGAAGGCAUUGGCUUGUGUGAGGGAGUGUAUCUUAAGCUGUUAUGGUUAUGAUGGAGGAGCUGAAGGGUUAGUGCGUCAAGUGAGUAGGAGAGGGAGGGAGUAACAAGUGAGUGAAUGAAGGAGAUCUGUAGUCUGUCAUUCUGUGUCAUGUUUUAACUCAGAUUAUCCAUUAGUGCAACAGAGUAAAAAUAUCAUUGCUGCAAGUCUCUCAUUCAAAGCAAGAGUUCUUAUGUAAAGAGAAUAUAGAAAUGAUAUUAUAAAUCCAUAAUAUUAAAAACCAAGGCAUUUUAUUUUGUGCUAGUAUAAUACACAAAAUACAGAGAAGAGGAAAACAGAAAUGAUAUUAGAAGAGUUCAGAAAAGCUGCUGUGCAUCUUUAGCUUGCAAGAAUGACAAAAACAAGGAGGUGAAUGUAGAGAAACAAAGUAAAUGAGUGAUGUAUACAUAAUGACAGGAAAGAAGGACAGGGUGACAGGACAGGCAGCAGUGAUGCCUGGGUGUGUCAGAUCUCCAUGUGUGUUUUCAAGGAUUGAUUGGAAAGUUUGGAAGUUGUGUGCAGUGCCUUUUUAACUCCAGGUGUAGAAAGUGAUGCCUUAGUGAACUGUGAAGUAGUUCUAUAUCUUAUAUAAGGAUGACAGGAGUGGUUAUGUACUCCCCUUUGCCCAUAUUUCCUGUUCUCCAGAGUGGUGAUGGGACUGACUAGCUCAGUGGUGAUUUGCUUCCUGGAGGAGGCUGUGCUUGUGUAGAUGAGAGGUGAUUGGCACCAGGCUUAUCUCAAAUGUGGGUGUCUUGUUGGGGAGAAAAUUCAGAGUUGUCUUGUGUUGCAUUAUUAAGGUUAUUGUAUUCUCAUAUUGUGUGGAUUGCUGAUGCCUGCUGUGGAUGGAGAUAUUCUUGGCACCCAGUUUAUGGGUGUGGCUGGCCUAACCAGGUAUUGAGCACAAGUUGUUGCUAAUAUAAUCACAUCAUAAAUCACUGUUAUCUCAGCUUGCUGUGGUCACAGCCUAACCAGGUAUUGAGCACAAAUUGUUGCUAAUAUAACCACAUCAUAAAUCAUUGUUAUCUCGGCUUGCUGUGGUCACAGUCAUCCUAAUGUGUUUCCCAGCUGUCUUCUGAGACGACCAAGUGCUGUGGUGUACAUCCUGUCAUGGUCGCCCUGUUAGGGAUGUGUGGUGUCUGGCUAUUUAUCAGUCUAUUCAAUCUCAUUAUUUUACUACUACUACUACUACUACUACUAUCAUCAUCAUUAUGUCUAUUAUGAUUAUUGUUGCAGCAGUUUUACGUGUUAUUCAUCAUAAACACAUGCAUUUCACUUAUUGAUAAGUUAGGAAACAUUUUUUAGUUCACUCAUAAGAUUGUCAUAUUUCCCCUAUUUUUUUUUCCCUGAGAUUUUUCUUUUUUUCUUUCUCUUUGUGAAGUUCAUACAUAACAUAUUUAUUGAUUCCUUAUGAGGAAGUCCUCUACAACAAAAGGCAGUGUUCUUUGAGGUAUCCCAAGUACACCUCUACACACACACACACACACACACACACACACACACACACACACACACACACACACACACACACACACACACACACACACACACACACACACACACACACACACACACACACACACACACACACACACAAACACAUUAAAAGACUAAAUGCUCAAACAGUAUCAAGAACCUUGGCUUCCCAAACAGAAGCAUUUGACACAUGGAAUGAGUCAGGUGUGGUAGAGGAGUGUGGAAGAAACAUCCAUUACUCUGAAAUUGGAUAAGAGUAGACCUGGAGACAAAAUAGUAUGAACUUGUAUGCUACAGAUAGAUGAAUACAAAUAAGUUAAUGCACACACAAAUACAUUCUGUACAAGUGGUGAUGUGUUACUGUGAUAAACUAUACAUGGUGCAUUUUUUUUUGUCAUCUCUGUCAGUUUGUAUCAUUGUGUAUUUGCUGUAAUUCAUCAUCUCAUUCCAUUUCUCCUCAUUCCUCACUGCCACACCUGGACACGAACAGGUGAUGUAACAAGUGAGGUCUGCUGGGUGUUAAUUGGCAUGGAAAUGUGUAAGGUGAGCUAGGUUGAUAAGGAUUUUAUGUUUUCUUAUUUUCUUUGAAAGAGGGGGACUAAACCUCAUAUUUUUCAGUCUUACAUGUGUUCUUAAUUUUCUCUCUCCCCCUUAGUGGUGCUUCCAGUGUGUGUGUGUGUGUGUGUGUGUGUGUGUGUGUGUGUGUGUGUGUGUGUGUGUGUGUGUGUGU